GCUGCGGUGCAGAGUCUAUACUGCACGAGUGCCGCGCUGCUUUUGUGUGAAGCUGUGGUUCGGGCUCUCUGCGCCUCUCUUCGCUUCGUUUCCUGUCCCCUUCCUUCGAACAGGAUGCUUCUUCACACUCUUUUGUUCUCUCUCAUCACUCUGAGCGUCUAAGCUGGCCCGAGAAGGGGUGAAAGGGCACCCCGAAAUUUCCUUCUCCACUGCUUCUGCUUCUGACCCCUGCCUGACCCCUGCUUUCUCCCAAUGGACUCCCAUUAUCCCAUGACCUCGGCCCCUUUCUAGAAGUCCUUUAGGCUGCGGCACCGUGGCAGAGCUGAGGAUGGCUGUGACACUAACGGAGUUCACUCGCUCUCUGGACCCGAAAACGCUGCCCAGGAUCCUGCAGAUUCAGUCCGGCUUUUACUGCCAGGGCGCUGUGUACGAGCUGUUUGGGAGGGAGUGCUGUCUCGCCACCGGAGACCUGAUGAAGAUCAUCGACAUCAGCAUCACCAGAUUCAUCACACAAACUGCUGACGCCUCAGAGAUCAAACUGCCGUUAGAGUAUCCAGGUCUCUUCAGGAUCAUAUCAGACAGUCAGCCGUAUCUGACCAUCAAAGAGAUUGUGGACUCCCUGAAGGUCAGCUCCCACAGACUGGGCCAGCCGGCCUUCAUCUCAGCCAAUCAGAUCCAGCUCCCUCAGGGCUUGGUGAAUGAGAAGGAAGGCUUCCGAAUCACAGCGGUCACUCUGGAUGUGCAGGGUGGUGGCCAUGUCGACUGUGAGCUCCUCCACAAGGAGCCCAAGUUCAGCUUCAGGCUGGACCUCUCUCAGGAAGGCCACUUCACGGAGUGUGAAGAUGACCAGUUCUACACCCUGCGGGAGCUGGCUGAGUGGAAGAUCCCCAAAGGCAGGAAGAGGACAGUGACUGCAGCCAAUGCUCCGCCCCCAAAGGACAUGCUGUUUUCCACUCUACUGGAAAAUGUUAGUGGGGAGUUGACGCUGACGCCGGUGUACGAGCUCCAGGCUGUGAUGCAGCUCAGGAAGAGCGUAGCUCUCAUCCCGUCCAACAUGGAUGUAGACGUCAUGGAUGUGACGGAGCAGUUUGACGUAAACACCUUUAUUCAGCCGCUUUCACUUCAGGACAUCUUCCAGAAGCCUUCAGAGAUUUUCCCCAUGGUGGCCGAUGUGAUCGAGAGACCUUUGGUUGAAAGUUACAUGCCCGGGGAAUUUGUAUCUCUACUGCGUUCGGAACAAGUGAUCAUCCACAGGGUUUACGAAGCCAAGAGGAUCCUUGCUACGGAAAUUAGGCAAGAAUCACCAAGGCAUUUCCUCAUUCCCGCAACGUACAAGGGCCGCUUAAAGCGGCGGCCUCGCGAGUUUCCCACAGCUUAUGACCUGGAACGGGCCCGCAGUGACACGGAGCAGUUACAUGUGGUGGCCACCAGGGGCUUUGACUCAACCUACAGCGGAUUAGCGUCUGUCUUAGUGGGGGAUGAAUUUGUAGUAAAGAAAAGCAAAUCAGCUGAAGUUGUUUGUGAUGGAAACAGGGACGCAGUGGAUGCCCUGACUUGUAUGAAGAUCAAGGGGAAGACUCAUGAAUCUGUUCGUAUCCCAAUGUGCCUGGACGGAGGAUUUAUGGAGGUUAUUCACGACAAACGCCAAUACUCCAUUUCUGAGGUUUGCCACUGGUUCCCGCUUCCGUUCAAUGUCAAGGUGUCUGUACGUGACCUCUCCUUGAAGGAGGACAUUCUGGCCAGCGUUCCUGGCUUACGCAUCGAGGAAGAGAUCACUGACCCGUACCUCCUCAUCUCAACCCUUGACCUUUCCAGUUGGUGGGAAGUGCCCGUAAACCGCACACACAUGAUUGUUCACCUGGAGAAAAGCUGGACAGGUGGGGUCUCCACAUCCAAUGUGAAUUCAGCUAUUGAAGAGAUCUCUGAAGACAGUUACUACACCAUGAGGAGGUAUGUCUUCACUACGAUAAUGCCCCCACCACGACCCCCCAAAAAACCCAAGCAGCCUCCGGCAAGACCAGCCAAACCGCAGCCCAACCCACGACCUGAGAAACCCGCCAACACCCCCACCAGCUGCUCCCCAAAGAGUCCUCGGCCUGCUGUGGUCAGCAGAGACAGUUCUACAGACCGCAGUCACUCUACAGUACGAACUGAGAGAACGCCCAAAAGUCCUGCUACCUUUCCCAAACCUGUCCUGCAGAAAGCUGUCACGAGAGGCCACAGCCUGGAGGACGUGUGUGUAAACAUACCUGAUGAAGAUGACCCCCAUGAUUACGAAUACAUUGAUGAAGAUGAACUCGACAACAUCAGGAAGCAGUUCCAUGAACAGUCCAUAAACAUUCCUGCCAAAGGAAAACCAAGUAAUACGAUAUGACUACACUAUGUGGAUGAGGGCUGACAAAUCGCACCGCUGAAUCUCCAAAGACCCAAACAGCAAACAACAACCUGAAAGACUUUCUCUUUCUAAAGCUUUUAAAGUUUGAUGAAUAAUCUCAAUACUUUACCCAGUUUUCCCCCUUAACACAAAGGUAUCUAAUCAUCCAAGACAAGUCCGGUGUCUUCAGUUUUCUUCUUUUAAAAAUUGUACAUUCAACAUUUUGGCUACUUCUGUUUCAGCAAUGCUAACGUGCAUGAGGCCGUGUUUAUCGAUAACAGUAUAAGUCUAUCAGGGCUAAGAGGGUGGGGAUUUAGCAGUGCUAAUCGGUGGGAUACCGUGAAGGAAACUGUAAUUCAGUGAAUUAUCGCUUUAAUAGAAUAUUCUGUUUCCACUUAUUAUGUGAAACAUAGUAUAUAAAGUCAUGUUGAUAUUUUUCCCAAGCCUGAAAUCACUCAGGCAGCUUAAAUUAUCUCAGAAAUGUUUUAACUUCAAGUUGAAGUACGUUUAGUUUCUUCAGAUUAUUCUAGAAUGUGAAAUUUUUUAAUUAUGAUUUUGUUUCUCUGCAUUGGAACUCUGGUCCUGCAAAGCCAGUGUGGAGUCUGGUCAUACAUCCCCGUCCUGGUGUUACUUCUGUUGGUUUUCGGCCAAGUUAUUGAAUCAAUUAUACAUAUCAGAGCGGUCAGUUAACAACCAUGGGAGAACCUAAAAAGUCAUAGGUAGAUGUGUACGCGCCUGACCUUUUGUGAACCUAAAUAUACUCACCAAGCUCUUCAUUAGCAACACUGUACUAAUAUUGGGUAGGGCCUUCCUUUGCUCUCAAAACAGCCUCAGUUCUUCAUGCCAUGGAUUCCACCGAAUAUUGGAGAUUCUGGUCCAUCUUGACAUGCUGCAAAUUUCUCAGGUACACUUUGAAUCUCCCGUUCUACCAAAUCCCAAAGAUGUUCUAAUGGGUUCAGAUCCAGUCACUGGGAAGGCCACUGAAGAACACUGAACUCAUUGUCAUGUUCAUGAAACCAAUUUGAGAUGACUUUUGCUUUGUGACAUGACGCAUCAUCAUGCUUGAAGUUGCCAUUAGAAGAUGGUAAAUAGUGGCCAUGAAGGGAUGAACGUGGUCAGAAACCAUACUCAUAUAGACUGCGGCAUUUGAGUUGUGAUUGAUUGGCAUUAACAAGACCAAAGUGUGCCAAGAAAAUGUUCCCGGCACCAUUACACCACCUCCACCAGCCUGGACUGCUCACACAAAGCAGGUUGAGUCCAUGGAUUCAUGCUGUUGCCACCAAAUUCUGAUGCAGCCAUCUGUGUGCUUCAGAAAUGGCAAUUUAUCAGACCAGACUAUGUUCUUCCAACUGUCUAGUUUUGGCGAACCUGCAGUGAAAGCUGCAGCCUCAGCUUUCCGUUCUUGGCUGAAAGAAGCAGAACCUAACAUGGUCUUCUGCUGUUGUAGCCCAUCCACGUCAAAGUUCGACAUGCUGUGCAUUCUGAGAUGCUUUCUGCUCAUCUGAUGGUGGAUGGAACAAUUCCCUGAAGCUGCUGGUUGUAUCAGCAUGAUUUUAUGCACUGCACUGCUGCAACAUGAUUGGCUGAUUAGAUAAUUGCAUGAAUGAGUAGGUGUACAUGUGUUCCUGAUAAAGUGCUCAGUGAGUGUAUAUUUGAAAAUUAAAGCAACAGAACUACACUGCAAAAAGCGGUAUCUUGUCAAGUAAAAUUAUCUUAGAUUUAGUAAAGAAAUCUCAUUUUUCUCCAGUUGAGACUGUUGUAAGUUUAUUUUAAUAUUUUCUUAAGUGAGCCUUCCACCCGAUGACCACUGGGAUAGGCUCCAGCACCCCUCCGGGUGGCUUAGAAGUGGCUUAGAACAUGUGUGUGUGUGUGUGUUUUAAGUGAAAGUUAAUUUAUCUCGCUAUAUUGGCAGAUCAUUUUGCUCGUUUCCAAGAAAUGAGCUCAAUUAUCUGCCUCUAUAGUGAGAAAAUUUCCUUGAUAAAAUCACUUAAAACAGGUAAAGAAAUGAAUAAUAAGUGCAUAACCCUCUCAAAAUAAGAAAUAUUAUAUACAUCAACUGAAAUUUAUUUCACUUGACAAGAUACUAAUGUUUGGCAAGUUUACACUUAACUCUUAUGACUUGAAUAAUAAUACAAAUGUGCUGAAUUGAUAACUGUGCCUCUGAGGGUCCUUGGGAAGUGAAAUCAGGACAGGGUUGUGAGGUUGGGAUUCACACACACAGCUGAAACACUCCUUCAGUAUGAAUAGAUGUGGCUAAAGUGCUGUCGGCUGAAUAGGUGGCUAUAUGUAAAUGAGUUCAUGUGAUGUCAGAGAAAUAGUGAAUUCAAAAUGAGCUGUUUUUUUGUAGCUUCGUUUCCAUGUAUGGACUGUAUGGGCUAGUUAGUGAAUGUUUUGAGACUUUAUCAAUGUUUACAUACAACAUCAAAGUCUUUUAUUCGGCUUUUAUUUUGGGAGAUUCAGUUUUCCAAGACAUGGGUCAUUUAAGUACAAUAUUCAAUGGUACAUUUUUCUGAAAUAAAGCAUCAAAACCAGUAGCACCAUAACAGAAAGCACCUACCACUGGUGUGGCAUAGCAACAAGUCUCUUUCUGGGGGGGCUGGAGAGAAAUGACCUGUGAUUUUUGCCUGGGAUCUAAUAGAUAUAAUGGAUGUUGGGGAGUGUGGCGUUUAUUCACAGACACAACGUGUUCCAGCAAAGUCCAAUAAUCAAA